GGUCGGAGGGCGCCGCGGAGAUCGGGUCCAUCCGGGGGAGGCAGGCGACGCUGAACGCGAGCCUGCGUCGAGCGGUCGCGCCCAUGGGCGACGGUGCCCCCGUGACCAGAGCAGAGGUCGCGGCCGAGAUGCGCGCGAUGAUGGCGGCCCAGGCGGCCCUUCAGCACCGGGCCCCCGUGCUGCCACUGGCGGCCCCCCCCUGGGAGGCCCACUUGCUUCGCCGCGACGCCCUUCGGCUGUUCGAGGACGUGGCCGCUCGCCUGGGGAUCCCGCUGCGCGACCUGCGUAGCUUCGGGCCCCUCCCGCCCCGCAGCGGGCGCAGCAUGGACCAACGCAUCGAGGAUGUGCCGAUGCCGUUGGCGAUCGGGGGUUUGGUUGCAGGCGGCCCUCCAGAUGCAGACGGCGAUGAUCACAUUGCCGUGCCGCCGCCUCUGGCGCUUCCAGCGCCAGCGCCCCCUGCCCGCCUCGAUCUCAAGAGAAGGACGCCCGAGCUCAUGAGCCACGCUCCUUCCAAGAAGAUGUUGUUGUGCGCCCAGAGCCGCGAGCCGAAGCUCCGCCAAGACUUUGAACAGCUCAAAGGGGACAUGCACACGGCUUGUACGUUGAUCCCUGCAUGCGCCCAAUUGUUCGGGCGGCCCGUGAAACACGUCGGCAGGAUCAAAAAGGACGACCUCCGACCAGCACAUUUCACCUUCUUGAGCAGGAUUGUCUUUGCCAGACGCCUGGGCACGCUGAACAUUGGCAUCGACAUUCGGCGGUUGGUGUGCGCCGCAGCCCGCGUGAUCAAGGCCAGACAGGAUGAUGGCGUGGAGCACGUCCUCCGCGGCGGUGAGAAGGCUUUGCAGCACCCGUGUGCCAGCAAUCGGUUCGUCCACAUGUCAUAUGCUCAUUUGUGGGACGAGGUCAACUGCAAAUUCGCAGCAUAUCCGAAGAUGGGGUGCCGCCGCAGGAAGACAACCACGAGCAUUCAGACUAUCUGCCAGCGGGGUUACGCCAGGCUGACCUUGGCCAACCACAUCAACGACGAGAGCGCGAUCAGCCGAUCGUUCUGCGAGCAGGUCCUUGUCAACCCGAUGAAGGUGAGCGGCACUUCAGCCAAUGCGAUCCUACCCGCUGUGUUGAAGGCAAUCCCGCGGCCAUUCCAGUUCAACGCCGUGGAGAAUAUUGAUCGGUUGUUGCGUUCGUUCUCGUCCUUCACGAUGUCUCUGACUGGUGUCAAGGCGUCCGGGAACAUCCUCUUGAUGAAACAAUUCUGUCACCAAUGGGAAACGAUGGUGCUUCCGCGCAGCAGUGGUCGGCUUCUUGUGUUCCCAGAGACGGGUGGCGUGCACUUAGAACAUCGCACAAAAUUGCAAGUUGCACCGCUCAAGCACCACGCAAUGCGCCUCUUCAGCUUAGCCAACUUGCUUCGCCUUGACGGCGUGCGGACCAGCAUAUGCGAGUCGAUCGAAGUGCUGGUGCAGAAGAUGCUCAAGCGACGGGUCCUCGGCCCGCCGCCAGACGGCAUUGCCUGCCCGCUGUCCAAGUGCAUCAAUGUUCUCUUCCGCCCAGAUGCGGACCACCACAAGCGCGCCAACGGCAAGGUGUCUCGCAGGGUACAGGACCCGGGUGAAUUGAUGAGAAUGGUCAACGGGGAUCUCCACGGAGAUUGGGUGCAUUAUUGCUGGGGCGGGCCAACUGGCAGGCCGUGUUGCAGGGACGCCGACACUUGCUACGACAGAACAGUUCGUUCGGUCACGAAUGCGCUGUAUGGCGGCGGGGGCCCUAUUCCAGCAGAAAUCAGAUGGACGCACGCCUUGGUCAAUAUGAAACAGUUGCUGCUGAGGCGAAUCGUGUACAAUAUCGGCGUGAAGGCGUUCCCGUGUUCGAUCAGAAAACCUGGCGCCGCCAGCGAGAUGCCGCAAUCCGCCGACGGCGAGGCAUGUCAAUCGCACGUCGCUGAGGUGAAUGCGUCGCGGCUGUCACGGGUGGGCGUGUAUUUUGAUGACCCCAAGACUUUUCCAGAGCUGGCCUUGCUCACGGUUUCCGUGGACAUCAUCGACAGGUGGGAUCUUCGGUGCUCGAGCUGGCCGCGCCCGCUCUUCACGCUUUGCAGCGCCCACUCAUCGGAAGAGCAGCGCAGGGAUGUUGCGCGGCGGCUGCUCGAUGCAUCGCGCGAGGAGCUCGGCGUGCACGCGCACGGCGUGAAGCACCGCUUCAACACCGUGCCUCUGCUGAUGAGUGAGGCGCGCAGGAAAACAUUGCUGGCUGAUUUCCGCACGUUCGGAUUCUCCACCGACAUCAUCGAGAGGCUCAACGCGGAGAUUCAGGCUGGUCGAGUGCAUCGUGCGCCAGGUCGCGUCUUCGGCGGGGCGUCCAGGGAGCAGCUGCUGCAGCAGGCACUCGCCGUGCACAAGAAAUGCGGCGGCGUCGACCCAUUGAGCAUGAAGCGAGAUGCAGCCCUGAAGUCGUCGGACCUUCGAGUGCAGGCGCAGCCACUCAUUGCCGCUGCUCGGCCUGAGUUUCUUCCAAUUGCAGGUGGGCCCGAUGGCGCUGCUGCGAGCGCCGCGGCGCCUGAGCCCGUGGCCGUCGACCGCCCCGUGGAGAUCGUGCUGGCGAACGCCUCCAUCCUGCCGGGCGCGAGGGCGGUGGGAGCUGGCGGGGCCGAUGGCGGCGGCGGGCCACCUGGCGGCGGCGACGGCGGCGGACCUCUGCCACCCCGUCGGCGCGGAUUGAGCCCGUACAUGCUGGAAUUGAACAAGACGUUGGCGAGUCUGAAGAGGGCGAAGGGCUCCGCCUUGACGCCCGAGGAGCUGAGCACGGCUCGCAGCAGGCUCAGGGAACAGUGGCAGCUCAUGAAUCAUGACGCUCACCACGAGGCCUUCGAGGAUUGGCAGAACACGCCUGCAGAGAUGGCGCCCGCUGAUGCCCAGGAAGACUUCGAGUGCGAUGCUGCCGACGACCUGGUCGUCCGCGCUGAGCCCAUCCCUGACCUUCCAGACUUCAGCCUGUGGGGCUGCGGCAGAGCGAAUGCCCACAGCGACGUGCUACACACGCUGUGUCUUGUGGAGAUCGAUGUUCAGAACUGUAGGAGCGCUGGUCGAUUUCGUUGUAUUGCCUAUGAAUAUUCAUAUCACUUUGUACUGAAGUUGGUUCGGAACCUGAUCGACAUGGAUUUGUACUUAGUGGAUUACGACGUGGAUGUCGAUGUUGAUAACAGUCUGAAGUGGAGCAGGAUCUCAGCUGUGCACUUGCAGGGUGAGCUGUGGAGGGCGGGGAUGACGCGCCCGUUCGGGCACCAGAGCCCCAGCAGCCGUGGGCCUUCUGCGUCCGACCUGGGGAGGCUGAACACCAGCGACCUCUUCGAGGCGCCUCCUGGGCGCGGUGUUGGGCGCGGCGCUGGGCGCGGCGCUGGGCGCGGCGCCGGGCGCGGCGGCCGCCGCGGAGGGGGCGCGGGCAGAGGCCGCGGCCACGGAGCCGUAGAUGGCGAGGGUCUCGGCGGCGGCCCCGACGCCCACGGCGACGUCGACGACGUUGACAUGCCGCCGUUGGUCGACGACUUGCUACCAGCUGGCGCGGCGAUUGGCGAGGAGAUGGACAUGCUGGAACACGAGGCCGAGGAUGCCGACCUCGACGGCAUGGAGGAGCUGGGCGACACGUUCGGCUUGGAGGACGGCGUCAUCGAGGGGCACCCUCCAGGACUGGUCGGCGAGGACGGCGGGGACUUGGACGAGCAUGACGAUGCUCGCGGUGCUGAGCUUCUUGGGGUACCAGCUGAAGUGCCCGAUGAGAUCGCAGCUGGAGCGGCAGACGGCGCUGCUGACGUCGGCCUGGGGCCUGAGCCUGGCGAGGCCGAGCGGAACAAGUACCACUUGAAGCAUCUCUGCAAUAUGCCUCAAGUGGUCUUGAAGACCUGGCUGUUCGAGGUGCCAGCAGCAGCCCCUGGCGCGUCCGCCGCGGAGCGGCGAGAGCUCAUGCAGCGGCGCGCGCAGCUGGCCAAAGACAGGUGGUACGUGAACAAGAAGGGCGAGCGCGCCCGUCGUCGCGGCGGCAAGCUGCGCCGCGCAGCCAGCGCGCGCGGAUUCGCGCAGGGCGGCGCCCGCGAGGGCCCCAAGUCCUUCUGCGCCGCCGUCGACGCAGCAACGCGCGCUCGCUGCCCCAUCGACGAGGGGGCCCCAUUCGGCGCCGCGAAGAGCGAGGUGGCGUGGCCCGAGGGCGACGCCCAGAGAUUCGCAAUCCUGGAAGCAGGACUCGCUGGCAGCAGGCGCGGCAACCGCAGCGGCGGCGCUGGGCCCGCCGUGGCCGCGGCAGACGCGGCAGCGUCCGUGGGAACCGCGUUCGCGGUCGCGGCGGCAGCAGAAACCGCGGCCGCGGCGGCCGCGGCCGCAACGGCGGCAGUUGUGGCAGCGGCGGCAGCAACGCUGCAGAGGCCACUUCCUACGCAUCGGUGGGUGAUGCCUCGCCACCAGCUGACGUCGGCGAUCAGCGAGGAGACUGCUACCGUUUGGGCAGCACCUGGCGAGCGCAUGGCCAAGAUCCGCGGCAGGGAGUGCGCGAUCCCAAGCAAGAGCGCCCACUUGCGCGUCAAGGCGAUUGCGCACCAGGAUAUCAGCACGCUUUCAUGUGAGCAGCCCGACGCGGAGGUGGCGCAGGGCGCCGCAGAUCCAGAUGAGGAUGCAUUAUGGUUGAAUGAGGCCGAUGCUGGUUCCUCGGUGGCAGAGCAGGUUGAGAUGAAGAGUGAGCCGCCCACGCCGAUGCCUUGCAAGUCAGCCGUGCACCUGUCGGAUGUGAUUCCACCCAGGACGCCCGCGGCGUUCCCGCCUCCCAGCGCUUGCAAGCGCCCGAAGGCCGAGAAGAGGCAGUCGCCGUCUGCUUCUUCGAGGGGUGACGCAUGCGCCGUAGCGGACGCGGUGCAGCCCCAGCGGCAAGGACGGCUCAGCAGGAAAGCUGCAAUCGACCUCCAGGAGGCGUUGGAGUCAGGCAUCUCGAUCGCACGCCCGCGGGACACCGACGACAGCGUGAUCCAGCGGGAGCAGGCCCUCGGCGGUGUCGAUGAUGAUGGCUCGACAAUUCACAGGUGGUCCAUCGAUGCGAAGUUGCCGAGCGGCGUCGUGCGUGGUGGUUUGAGUCGGAUACGGGGCACGCUCAAUGACGUCCAUUGCGUUCGACUGGCCACGAUGGAGUGGUUCGACGCCUACAUCCCAAGCACCAUGCAAUCUCUCAUGCGCCGCCUCACGGACUACGCGGGCGACUGCGUCGGCGGGGUCGACCUCGAGUUGGAGAUUGCCUACAAGCAGCUCGCCAGUCGCGCCGCCGCACCCAUUCUGUUGCAUAAGGGCCUGAAAGCUUACCUCGAUACCCGCAAGUCGUCCGAGUUAGUUGCCACCCUGAAGCCAUUCAACGUCAUCAGGGCGUUCCUCAAGGCUAUAGAUCGGGACCUGGCCCCCGACCUGUCCGCCGUGCACGCCCACGCUGUCUUUGUCCAGACCUUCAUCGAUGGCAAUAGCAUUGUUGAUGCACUUGCGACGUUGGACGCCAAGGAUCUCGCGAUCUCCCACGGGAAGAUCCAGGAGUACUGGAAGACACUUGCGAGUGCCGACGAUGAUGAGAAAGGUGCCAACGCAAAGGCACGGUGGCGGAUGUUUCCCGAGCUGCUCAAGCCGCCGCCCGUCCACGUAUUCAAGACCUUGUCCGAAUGCUUCAAGCAGGUCUUCUACAGGAUCCCCGCGAAGGCGAUGAAGGAUGCGAAGUCUGUGGAUGUGUUAAUCAAGGAGAUCGCGGCUGUGAGCGCCAAAUGGGACGACGUGAUGUGCGGGCAGACCGGCGCCCAGACUUUCUCCAACAUGCUUCACAGUUGUUCGGUGAUUUGGCAGAGCGCCUCCCACGAUGAUAGGAAGAAGCCAGAGGUUGCAAAAGUUCGGCUGGCGCGCCGAGACAUCAUCGCGGCGGCGCGCUCGGACGCUCCUCCGUUGUCGGACUUCGCCAGGGCCAUGGCGGGCCUUCCCGAGACAGGGUACGAGGUGACGAGGUUGGCGAUGGGCUGCGCUAAAGAGCUAGCGCAGGCGGGCAUCGAGGAUGAGAUCGUGGAGCAGAAGUUCAGCGCGUCGGAGGAGUACUUCAUCAAGUGCAUGGGCCCCGCUAUCGAGGAUGGUGCGGCUUGGCUGAUGAAUGGCAUCGAAGGCAGACGCGUGGACAUGGCUACCAUGCAAAGGACGAUUGCGCACGUGCAGUCGUGCGUAUCUGACCUCUUGGAUUGCUCGACGAGGUGGUCGUCUGGUGCGUUGCGGGAGCACCUCCAAGAUAUGAUGGACGGCUGCGAGAAUUCUCUUCGAGUGUCGUGCUGGGCCAACUUCGUCAUGGUGGCCGAUGCUCGCGACGUUCUGGUAGACAAGCUGAGGUCGAUCACAGAUGCCAAUGAGCCGAGUUCCGAGGGCAAGCAGGCCACUGCCGAGGAGUCUGGAGGCGGCGACGUCAUUGUGAAGGGAGAGCCCGUCGAGGAGGGCAACGUACCAGUCGUGUCUGGAGCUCCUGUCGCCCGCCACUUGCCUGCCGUGGCGCUUGCCGACAUCAAGACGUUGUCGGAAAGAGUGGGCGAGUUCGGGGCCGCGGCGAUGGUAGUCGUUGAUUGCGUUCAGAAGUGGAUCGAAGUGUUGAUCAAGAAGAUUGGCGAGGAUAUCAUCACGGCUGAGCUGCAAUCCUUCUCAGUGCCAUUGCCGCGCGAGGCGUCGGCGCAGCUGCAGCAGAACAUCAAGGUUCUCCUUGAUAUGGCAAGCUACCUCAUCGCCUGGGCGCAGGUCUGCGAGAGCGACUGCAUGUCCCCUUCAGCCAGGUUCGAGCAGCUGACGCCCGAUAGCAAGCGUCCACUCCCUGCGGCAAGCCCCGCCACCGUGCCUGCCCAGCUGCCUGCGCGAGGUGGCACGGCGGCGGGUCUGAUGGGUUUGGUCUCGUUUGCAAAGGUGCACGUCAGACAUGCGAAUGAUCAAGACAUCGCCUCCAGGUUUAGCAUGCGCGUUCUUGGUGAAGAUAUGGUCGACUCGAUGGGAGAUAUCGUGCAAUCAUUGUUGGACGCAUUCGGUGGCUUUGUUCGCUCUCUGGGCGAAUCUGUGUAUGAGAGCCACGUGCAGACGACCAUCCAGCAUUGGCUUGGUGAAGUCAUCGUGUCAGACAUGAAGCUAGCAGCUGUUGCGGAGACCACGUUGCUGGGACUAGACCUCGCUUCGGUCUUGUCGCGAUUGUUGACCCAUCCUUCCGUGGACACGGUGUGCAACCGUUCGUGUUUCGAGCUCGUAGGCGACGGUACGGAUGCCAAAGCUUUCCGCUCUGUCACUCAUAACGCUGCCAUGCGGAUGCUCCGCAAAUUCUGCAGCAAAGCUGAGGUUGAGCAGAUCGAGGUUUCCGCGUCCAGCCUCCAGGACGGUUCUAAAUGCACGUUGCGCACCGACGUGGUCUUCGCUGUCUUGUCGGCGAUCUGCUCUACGAAAGACAUUGCAUGCGUGGCAUGCUACUUGCAUCGUGACCUCGUCGAGCCCCGCGCCCAGGGAAUGUGCAUCUCCAGGAACAUGCUGUUCGAGCGCCUGACAUUCCUCCUUGGUCGCUUCUACACCGAGCUGGUGUCGCUCGAGGCCGUCGUCGUUGGCGAGGAGGCCCACGAGGUGGAGACGUUGGGGGUCGUGAUGAGUACGCCGCUCUCUGAGAUUCGGCAGUGGCGCAGCCUCGUGGCCCUCUUCAGCGGUCGGGUCACGAACGCCAUCCUGGAGGCGUAUUGCAGGGUGCUUCGCGCGGACAUCGAGACCUGCAAGAAGUCGGUUCCAGAUUGGGAGGCCGCCUUCGACGAGAAUGGCGUGUUCAUGGAGGCCGUCGCCAAACAGGAGACCAACCACAAACUGAAUAAGGUGAUCGCUAGCCACAACGAUGUCCAAUGGACGGUGAUCGCCAUGAACCAGGCAGCCGUGUUUCUCAAGGUCAAUCCGAAGCUCGAGGAGAAUGAGAUCACUAAGAAUGCUGUCGCGGUGGCGCUCACCACGAUGCAGAAGGCGAACGUUGCUUCGAUGUUCAUCGCUGGCGUGGCGGAGAUGUCGGUGCUCCGCACGAGCAGGGACGGCCGCGCGAGGGCAGCAGAUUUCCUGGCCAAGCACAGAGCUGCAGCCCCUGCCCUGCCAGCCUCGUUCUGGGCUGAGUUUCAGAACAUCGCCGAUCACGCCAGUUCAGCGGCAGCGGAGAGCGUGGAGGCCGCGAAGGCGGUCUGCGCGAGCUCUGCGAAGGCAGAGCCCGCGAAUGCGCAGCCAGCCGAGGCGGGGGGCCAGGCGGCGAGCGCGGCGGCCAGGCCAGAUGACGCCGCGGGCGCGGGGCGGCCCAAGGGCCUCAAGCGCCCCCGCCGCGGCAAGACAACGCCCUAG